CGGAGAAAGAACAGAGAUCGAGCAACUCUCCAAAAAAAGCUGCCUGUGAAUUAUGGAAGUCCGUCAGCAAACUCAGAUUUUAGACAAUGUCUUUUUACCCACUGUAGAAAAAUCGAAUCUAACGGCCCCGGAAAAUAUCUGACUGCUGCCCGGAGCCAGUUGCCCGACCUUCCACGGUCAGCAUCAACGGGCAGGACAUACGCUCCAAACUCCGAAGCUACACUACAACCUUCCCUUUCAAGCCUCUCUUCUUCUCCCUUAAAAGUUCGCCCACCGCUUGCAGAAGGUGGCGCACGAUAAAGCUGUGCACCUCUUGGGUGUGAAGUGCGCACAGGACGAGUGUGAUGGGUCAGGGAUUGAGCUGCAGAGUGACUCAUGAACAUGGGCUAUUCAGUGCUGUUCAGAUUGGAGAUUUGGAGACCAUUGAAGCUCUGUUAGACAGAGAACCGGGUAUUAUACACCAUGCUACUGUGUAUGAUAGGUUCUCUGCGUUGCAUAUUGCUGCUGCAAAUGGGCAGAUCGAGGUUCUUUCAUUGAUUUUGGAAAGAUCUGUUCAUCCAGAUGUAUUGAGUCGUCAUAAACAGACACCUCUUAUGCUGGCUGCAAUGCAUGGGAAGAUUGCUUGUGUGGAAAAGCUCCUCCAAGCAGGUGCAAAUAUUUUGAUGUUUGAUUCAUUGCAUAGAAGAACUUGCUUGCAUUACGCUGCAUAUUAUGGGCAUUCGGAUUGCCUGCAAGCGAUUCUUUCAGUUGCGAGUUCGACCCCUGUUGCGGAUUCUUGGGGAUUUGCACGGUUCGUGAAUGUUAGAGAUGCGAACGGAGCAACACCAUUGCACCUAGCAGCCAGGCAAAGACGGCCUGAUUGUGUUCAUAUCCUCUUGGACAAUGGGAGUCUUGUCUGUUGCUCAACGGGUGGAUAUGGCUGCGCACCUGGGAGCACUCCACUUCAUUUGGCAGCCCGUGGCGGGUGUUUGGAUUCUGUUCGGGAAUUGCUUGCAUGGGGAGCGGAUCGUCUUCAAAGAGACUCAUCUGGGAGAAUUCCAUACAUGGUGGCACUGAAACACAACCAUGGGCACUGUGCGGCACUGCUGAAUCCCGCAUUGGCGGAGCCUCUGGUUUGGCCCUCACCUUUGAAGUUCAUCAGUGAACUUAAUCCUGAGGCAAAGGUACUGUUAGAGAGAGCUCUGAUAGAGGCCAACAGGGAACGAGAGAGGAGCAUCUUGAAGGGGACAAAAUACUCGGUGCCAUCCCCCACCCAUUCUGAUUGUGGUAUUGACGACGAUGCCGAUGAGGACAACAACAACGAGCUGUGCUGCAUCUGCUUUGAUCAGGUGUGCACGAUUGAGGUCCAGGAUUGCGGCCACCAGAUGUGCGCACACUGCACAUUAGCUCUAUGCUGCCACAACAAGCCCAAACCCACCACGGCGUGCUUGACUGCACCUGUCUGCCCCUUCUGCCGCGGCAACAUAGCCCGGCUGGUGGUCGCCAAGAUGAAGAACCCUGAUAUAGACAAGGACAGCAGCGCAUUGAAGAUAAAGAAAUCGAGAAAAUCCAAGAAUUUUAACGAGGGCAGCAGCAGCUUCAAGGGCCUAUCAUCGGCCAUGGGCUCAUUCGGGAAGGUGGGCGCCCGUGGAUCCGGCAGAAUCGCCGACAGCAUAGAUUGGGUAGACAAGCCUUGACAUGUGGCACAGAAUGAUUGCCAGUCCGGUCGAAUCCAAUGUUUAGUAGGUGGUAUAUAGUAAAUCUACAUUUUGGUGUAGAUUUUGGUAUUAAAUGCAAAUGGAGGGAUGAAAUAAGGUGGAGUUGUUAUGCAUUUUGGGUUGGUUGUAGGGAUGCUUGGAAAUCUUGAAGCUGUUGGGCCUUGUGUAAGUUGCAGCAGUGUCAUUUGCACUGUAACUUCUACAUUAUUUCUCUUGUAAUGGCUGCUGCAAAGCAAUAACAGCAUUUUGCUCUCUUUCAAAAUA